CUGAAGCGGCACUCACGCUCGCGAGUGGUUGCGAGAUGUUGCGUUGGACCGUCUGGUCAACAUUGUGUUGUUCUAUUGCUCUUUUUACGGUGAAAGCAGAAUUUUCCAAGGGUUUUGAUGCCAAAUGGCUGGAGCACGCAGACACAGAUGUCGCAUUUCCUAUGCUUCUUCAGUCCGAUGGUGGAUUCUCCACUAGCAAUUUGCUGCCUUCUGGGGCGGAGCGCAGCAAGCGUGGUGCUGGUAGUACCGAGAAAUGGUCUGUGUCAUACCGUCUCAACGGCUUUGGAGUUGAUUACGAGCUGCAGAUGACACCCAGCGACGAGCUGGUGUCACCUUCUGGUUUGGUACAGACAAUUCAAGAGAGCAACAUGGGUGAGGAAGUAGUGACGGAAUACAUUAGUGACGAAGGAUGUCAUUUGAACGGGUGGGUUCGUGCUGACGAGGGUUCAAAUAUCACGACGUGGGGCCGAGCAGCCAUUAGUGUUUGUGACGGUAACAUGACUGGUGUUAUGAAAAUGAGAAACUAUGAGGUGCACAUUGAAGUCGCGUCAGAAGAGGAAACCCCAGCAAUAUUCGGUCGAGGACAUCUCCUACAAAGAAGGUCGACAGCAAGGAAUGCGUUAGAAGGAACUUACUGCCACGUCACUGAAGCUGAUCAUGUUCAAGAGAGUCAAAGGCAAUCCGAAAGUCCAGAACAUGCAACAGGCAGCAGAACAAAACGACAGGCGCCUGGCAAUCAAAUCUUGUUCGUCGAGACGCUGGUUACUCUAGACAAAGCUGCAAUAGACAAUCGCAAGAUGAAUAAUCGACGAUUACAAAACUAUGUCCUAUCAAUGUUGAACAUUGCAAACAUGCUGUGGUCAAACAGUGCAACCGGAUAUGACGUCAGAUUUGUUGUAAUGCGCAUAAUGUUACUAAAGAAAACUCCCUCCAACUUUACCAAAUCUAAUAGAUCAGUGGAGCUUCUGAGUACAUUUUGCAAAUGGCAGAGCGCGAUAAACAGUCCAGACGACCGUUUGCAAUCCCAUCACGACUAUGCUAUCCUUAUUACAGGGAAUGAGCUCUGCGCAUCAGGGGCAAAAUUUUGUGGAGAACUCGGUCGUGCGUAUCUGUCGGCCACGUGUAGCUCAAGGUAUGCCUGUCAAGUGACCAGCGAUACUGGUGUUCGUACCGGCUUCGUAGUUGCUCAUGAAAUGGGCCACAGCUUUGGUAUGUAUCAUGACGGCGAAGGCAACAACUGUACUGGAGCUCUGAAGAAGAUAAUGGCAGCUCAAGUGUCCACUCUGACCAAUCUCUUUCAGUGGUCGAAAUGCAGCCAACUAUAUAUCCACAAUCAUCUCAAGAGGAGUCGUCGUCACUACACCUGUCUGUUGGAUUCGCCUCCAACAAAUGCGCUUGAGUUUGACAACAGGUGGUCUGGAACACGGUAUGAUCUUAAUGCGCAAUGCUCGUUUCAAGUUGGAAAGAAAACGAAAGUGUGUUCGUAUAGUUGGGCUAGAAAGAGAGUUUGUCAAGCGUUGUGGUGUCAGGAGGGCAACAUAUGCACGACUGUUUACAUUCCUGCUCUCGACGGCAGUCCAUGUGGUAAAGACAAAGUGUGUGUUCAAGGACAAUGUGUCCUCGAGAGCGAAAAAGAGAACUACACUCUACCUAACGCUCCCAUACACGGCACUUGGUGUAAUUGGACGCCAGCUUCUAAUUGCUCCAGAACUUGUGGUGGUGGCCUACAAUACCGGACUCGGGCAUGUGAGUGUCCACAACCCAGCAAUGGAGGGCAAGUGUGUGACGGCCUAAACUACAGAAUGAAUUUGUGCAAUACCCUGCCGUGCGUUAGUCAGUCCAUCAAUCCAAGAGUGAAACUCUGCCGUGAGAAGACCGACAGCAAUGGCAUGCCAAUGGAACCGUACUACAAAGUAAACAAUACGUGUAAUUUGCUCUGCUACAGCACUACGACACGCAAAGUCGUUUCGAUGGGAGUGACGAUCAAAAGCGGGGCAAAAUGCGAUCCCAACAGUCUGUCUAAUGAUCGAUGCUUCCUUGGCGUGUGUGCGCCAUUCGGUUGUGAUAACAAGUGGCAGUCGGACGCCCGUACAGACAACUGCGGCGUAUGCCAGGGUACGGAACGGUCGUGCAGAUUUCGAUCAGGAACCUUUCAAAAUCAGAUAACGAAAGCGGGUUAUCACAGUGCCAUCGAAAUCCCAUAUCGAGCAUCAAAUGUUUUUGUUAACGAGACGAGGGUCCUCAAGCAUUUGUACUUGGCAGUACAGGUUUUGAGUCCGAGUCUGCGAGUGUAUGUACUGAAUGGAAACGAUCAGCCCAAGACUUCGUGGCAGAGAAUCAAUGCGGCCGGAACCGUUAUUGAGUACUCCAGACCUUCCUACGCCCACGAAACUAUCAAAAUCGAAGGACCAUUGCAGCAGCGUGUCAAGAUCAUGGUUUUAUCAACUAAAUCCAAAAAGUCUUUCCGUCCAAACAUCAAGUGGCAAUACUCGGUGCCGUCCGGUCGUGAUUUCGGCAAAGGAAGCCGACAAUUCAUAUGGGAUACACGUCUAGGACCCUGCUCCACGUCCUGCAGUGGAGGUCUUCGAAAUGUAUCAUUCUACUGCCGAUCGACAACGGGAUGGCUUGAAGGAGACUAUCGGUUCUGUGAUCCAACUGCCACACGACCACCCAAGGCGUAUACAGUUUCAUGCAAUACAGAUGUCUUAUGCAGCACAAGCUCACCUGUGUACAACUGGCGUACCGGUAAUUGGAAUCUGUGCUCGGCGACAUGCGGACCGAGCCUGCAGAAACGAAAAGUCUAUUGCUACAAUAAUGCAACCUCUCAGACUGUUGACAAUUAUCAUUGCCAAGAUCCAGCACCGUCUGCCACACAAAAAUGCUCCGUACCAGCAUGCAUGCAGAAUGGUGGUUGGUCAGAGUGGAAAGCAUCCGGAAAAUGCUCAAAGACCUGUGGCUCGGGGGUACUCUUAGAGACAAGAGCUUGCGAUAAUCCAAAGCCGAUCAAUGGAGGCAGACCGUGUAUUGGUACAAAUCGCCGACAUUCGUGUUGCAACACUAAACUGUGCCAGCCGACCAGUAUCAACGAAUUCACAGCCCAAUGCAGAAAGAAGUAUCCAGGAUCGAAAGCCGUGUUCUCUCUUGCCGAUUUGAUAUCGUGUGAAAUCAAGUGUCAGUUACCACAAGGAUCUACCAUGACUGUUGAUGCCGACGAUGGCACUCGAUGUGACUUACGCUCAACAAGUCGAUGUCUCAAUCAAGCAUGUAGGCAAGUUGGAUGUGACUGCGUGUUUGACUCUACAAAUACCCCAUCUGAAUGCGGUCUCUGUGACAACCAAUCGGCUAAGUGCGUAUCAAUUAUCUCCAGAUACAGAAUACAGCAUUAUAUUGCAAGAGAUUAUCAUAUUUUGGAUGUACCAAAGGGUGCUUAUCGUUUACGUGUGCACAUGAAGAAGGGGGGAAACGAGGUCGAAGCAGGCAUAGUGAUGUAUAGUUUCGGACGGGAAAAAAUUAGCUCCACCGAUUUCCGUACCUCUUCAGUUCAACGGUUGUUUGCCUUCGGCGGGGAAGUGAGCUACACUCACAGUUCCGUCCUACACGAGGAAACAAUGACGUUUUAUGGACCAACUCAAGAAGGAUUACAAAUUUUUAUGUUGCUAGAAAAAGCCGGCAAUCCUAAGUCUCCUACUAUAGACGUGUCGUACGUAAUCAGCAAUGAAUAUGAAGAAAUUGUUUAUAAGUAUAAUCAUCCCUAUGGUUGGAGAUUGGCCAAGACGGCCUGCUCUGUGACAUGUGGCAGUAAAGCCGGGGUUGAACAUUGGGAGGCACAGUGUGCUGUCAAAAACACGGGAGAUUACGCCGAAAUCUCCAAAUGUUCAACGGACUACAAGCCUCAUCCCGUUCACAAUCAACCGUGUCAAGGAAGUGGUAAUUGUCCGGGUUUCGUUUGGCAAGUCAAGCCGUGGAAACAGUGCAGCAGCUCGUGCGGAGUCGGGCAGCAAACGAGAGCCAUAAGAUGUAUAUCUGAGGCAACACAAUUAGGCAAACGAUCGGACCUCUGCGAUUCAACACUAAAGCCAUACUCUGUACAAGAAUGCGUGAGGAGCAACUGCGGACAGCUUAAAACCGAUGCACCAACAACAUCGGAGCCAACGGCAGCGACGACUCCUUCGCCAUUGCCAUAUUUCUGGACAGCCUACAAUUGGAAGUCUUGUUCGACAUCGUGCGGUAGAGGUACUCAGGUUAGGGCAGUGCGGUGUGUGGAGCGAGCGACUGGCCUACGAAAGAAGGUCUCUCUCUGUGACGGUACUCCAAUGCCCAUUGAGAAAAGAGAGUGCAAUGCCGGACCUUGCCAAAGAACUACGUCGCCGCCACCAACCACUUCUGCUCCUAGUAGAUACGUGUGGUCACCACAGGAGUGGAUAAGUCGUUGUAGUGUGACGUGUGGUGUUGGGUAUGAAAUGAGACGUGUAAAGUGUGUGGACAGACGAACGGGAAUAAGCAAGAAGGUGUCGCAUUGUAAUGCGAGCUCGAAGCCUAGUGAAAGGAGAGAAUGUAUCGCACGACCAUGCGAUCUUCAGCACGCUUGCACAGAGGAACCCGCUGACUGUCCAGCUAUCAAGUCGACCGGAUCGUGCAACAAGGCAAAGUUUGCAAGCGUAUGCUGCAAGUCGUGUCGUUGAAUUAUUUGACGAGUAACCUAGGAAAUGAUUGUAUGCACUAUAUUAAUUAUUAUUUGAGUUGUCUAGAUUAGUUUGCACUUUGUUAUAACAAUUUAAUUAGAAAUUCCAGACAGACUUAUCUAUAUCCGGGAAUUUGAGACUACA